GUGCUAUGAAGGGCCUGGACAUGCGCGCCCCGAGAAUCCCGGGGCCACAGCCCACCGAAGACCUGGAAGCUCAGCAGUCGCAGGAGGUAGAGCAUCUCCGGCUUGCAGUGCUGGAGGGGAAGCAAGAGAUGCAGAAGCCGAACGUCUCCGAUUCGCGCAUGGCAGAGUUGCAGCGGAGGGAGCAACAGUCCUUGAACCGGCUCCAGCAGCUCACCGAGCUCCAGACGCUGCAGAGAUAUGCUCUCAGGAGCUUGCCGGAGCCCGGGCGCUCGGUGGAAGACCUUCUUGCAGAUUUUCUGUUGGCGACCCGUUGCGACAUCAGAAGUCAACUGGACGUUUGA